AUGGAGAUCUUGCCAAGUGAUAACGACGACACAAUAAGAAUAUUCUCGCAUAACAAGAAAGGAUUAAACAUUGAGUCUACAAGGUUCAGAUAUAUAGACGUGAGCAGUGAAGAUGAUAUGAAAAGAGAAUUUUUAUAUGAUGGACUCAAUAAACGCACUUACUUGGUGUUAGACGAGGAUAUCACGAUUAAGAAUAAAUAUGAGGGCUACAAGAACUACAAGGCGAUCACUGAAAAGUAUAUGAAGAACUGGAGGAUAUAUUGUUAG